AUGCGGUCGCACCUGCCCUGCCCUGGCCGCCGACGUAGGGCAGCCAAGGCGCUAAGCCUCAAAACGACACGCGAGACCCCAUCCACAUCACCCGGACCUACUAACAUACAGUCAAGAUGGUACGUCGAGACUCUCAAGACCGCCCAGCUGUGGAACAAGUCCAAGGAGGACCUCGCGAGCCAGCUCGCUGACCUCAAGUCCGAGUUGAUCCAGCUCAGGACUGCCAAGGUCGCCGGAGGCUCCAACACCAAGCUCACCCGCAUUCACGACGUCCGCAAGGGUAUCGCCAAGGUCCUCACCGUCAUCAACGCCAACCAGCGCGCACAGCUUAGGUUGUUCUACAAGGGCAAGAAGUACACUCCCCUCGACCUCCGAUCCAAGCAGACCCGCGCCAUCCGCCGAAGACUCACCAAGCACGAGGCUUCGCUCGUCACCGAGAAGCAGAAGAAGAAGCAGACACACUUCCCCCAGCGAAAGUACGCCGUCAAGGCAUAAAUGUGCUUUAGCGGAGGUGUUCUCUCUCUUUCUUUGUCUCACGAAGCAUUGCAUUGCCGGGGCUUUUCCAGCUAGCGACUCACCAAUGUACCCUUAGUCACCAUACCAAACGGCGAAUGGAGAUGGGAGGUGAAGUGGCGGGAACGGACAGGGCGAUCUUCUAACGGAAAUGGGUUGGCGUCCAAGUCAAGAUCAAUAUGAAUCAAAAAGUUCAGACAAGC